UUUAUUAUAUAAAAUAUGGUCCAAAUUUUGAGUUAGAGGUAGUAUCAGAUCAUUCCUCUAGCGAUGCAGCAACAAAAGUUCAAGAGGCAAUAAACGAAUUAAAUGGAGAUUUAAACAAAAGUCGGAUGUCAGGUCCUUUACUUUUUGGUCUUCAUCUUAAACAAGUUCAAAAGGGUCGACCAUAUAUUAGACCUUUGAAACGUUUUAAUAAAAUAAGUAUUUCUGCUAAAAAAUCCCGUGCAAGAACUUUUGCAAAAAACAUUAAAGAAAAUUUUAAUCAAAUUGCCAAAGAAAAUUAUCAUCCUAAUGAUCAAGUUACUCUUAAGGAACUGUCUUAUACAGUUGCAAAUACGCCUUUUCAAAUAGAGUUUGGAUCUCAGAAUACAAUAAAAAAAAAUAAGCAUGAAUUAGAAAUAGUACAAAUAAUUGAUAGGUAUCAAAUACCACGGGAUGGAUAUCGUGCUUUAUCAGCUAUUCAACCAGAACUAUCUCGUGAUCAUAUAAUCUCUAAUCAACUCUUUAGCGAACAUCAUGCUUUUGUACCAAAAAAGGAGAUAGAAUUAUAG